UCAGAGUCAGAGCUUUGGCGGCCGGCAAGCCCGAAAGAUGGGGAGGAACUGCACUUCCUGGAGCUGCGUGCCUGGCAACGAUACCGACAUCAAUUCUUUCUACUUCUAUGAGACAGAGCAGUUUGCGAUACUAUGGGCGCUGUUUGGACUGAUUGUUGUGGGCAACUCAGGCGUGCUGAUAGCACUCAGAUGUGGACACCGCCGAAAGUCAAGGAUGAACUUCUUCAUCAUGCAGUUGGCUCUGGCUGAUCUAUGCGUGGGAUUGCUGAGUGUCCUGACUGACAUUAUCUGGAGAAGCACAAUAGCAUGGAAUGCUGGUAAUACGGCCUGCAAGAUAGUUAAAUUUUCACAAGCUCUGGUCACCUAUUCAUCGACUUAUGUGUUGGUUGCACUGAGCAUCGAUCGCUAUUAUGCUAUAAAGUAUCCAAUGAAUCUAUCAGGAAGUUGGAGACGAGCAAGAGUGCUAGUAAGCAUGGCGUGGCUGUUGGCAACAGUGUUGUCGAUCCCGAUCGCGAUCCUGUACAACGAGCGUGUGAUCCAGGGCAGACUGCAGUGUUGGAUCGAGUUCGCCGAGCCCUGGCAGUGGCAGGUCUACAUGACCCUGGUUGCCACCGCCAUCUUUGUCGCACCAGCGUUCGUCAUCUCUGUCUGCUAUGCGCUCAUUGUCACCACUAUAUGGGCCAAGUCAAAGCUCUUCUCCAUCAAACCAACCAAUGAUGACACAAGGAGAGCCAGCUCAAGAGGAAUUAUUCCACAGGCGAAAGUAAAGACUGUCAAGAUGACAUUCAUCAUUGUACUCGCUUUCGUUCUCUGUUGGAGUCCAUACAUAGUGUUCGAUCUGCUGCAAGUGUACGGCUACAUUCCAAGGACACAAACCAACAUAGCGGUGGCAUCUCUCAUACAAAGCUUAGCUCCGUUGAACUCUGCAGCUAACCCUUUGAUUUACUGUCUAUUCAGUGCUAGUAAAGCUACAAGAUAAACAUUCUAAAAACUCCAUUCAUAGAUUAGGUAUUAAUUGAAAGGUUACGGAGAACGGAAAUAAUGUAAUAAAAAAUGGUCGACUGUGAGACUACUUCAUCAGGGUAAUUCAAAUUAGUAUUGAUGAAUGAAGAAUGUUGUAUGUUAUUCCAUUGUAAAUAUUUUUUCACAUCAAUGCGUAGAUAGGUAAAUAGAAAUAAAUUUCUUUAUUCCAUUCCAUAUUACUUUGACGAAUAACUAAAAUCGUGUUGUUUGUAAUAGAUAUUACAUUGAUUGGACCAUUGUUGAUAUGCGAAUAUGAUCUCAAUAAAUUUAUUCAAUUGAAGAGGACUACUAACCAUUUUUAUUGCCUACCAUUAAUGAGAUGAAUAU